AUGAAGCUUGCUCUUGGUGUGGCACUGAGUGUGCUCUAUUCCUCUGCUCUGGUUGCAGCCCAGACAUACACCAACUGCAACCCUCUCGAGAAAUCAUGCCCCGCGGAUCCGGCCUUGGGGAAGUCCAACCAAAAGUUCGACUUCACAUCAGGCUCUUCAUCCGAGUUCACGGCCUCCGGCAGCGUCUCGUACGAUAACAGCAACGGCGCGACCUUCACGAUUUCUCAGAAGGGUGACGGCCCACUGAUCCAGUCCAACUGGUACAUCAUGUUUGGUCGAGUCGAGUUCACCAUCAAGGCUGCUCCCGGAACUGGAAUUGUCAGCAGUGCUGUCCUGCAGUCCGACGAUCUGGACGAGAUUGAUUGGGAAUGGCUCGGAGGCAACAAUGCCCAGGUACAGACCAACUACUUCGGCAAAGGCGACACCAGCACCUACAGCCGCGGUGCUUAUCAUGACAAUUCCGGCAACCAUGACAGUUUUCACACUUACUCUGUUGACUGGACCAGCUCUCAAAUCGUUUGGGCGAUUGAUGGCAAAACGGUCCGUGUUCUUACACCAGAUACUGCCGACAGCAAUCAGUAUCCCCAAACUCCGAUGAUGAUCAAGGCUGGCGUGUGGGCAGGUGGUGACCCGGGCAACGCCCAGGGAACUAUUGACUGGGCUGGCGGCGAGACGGACUAUAAUCAAGGUCCGUUCAGCAUGUACCUGAAGUCCAUGACCGUGACCGACUAUUCCACCGGAAACUCGUACAGCUAUGGUGACAAGUCCGGCUCUUGGGAGUCCAUCAUCGCAAAUAAUGGCAAGGUCAAUGGCAACAGCGGCGACGAGCCUACUUCCACCGAAUCCGCACCGGUCAUCACCGCUACUGUCGACAGUGUUCCCAUUCCCUGGAGUGGAACCCACAAGGAAACUUCGAGCUGGGUGACCCCCAAUGUCUGGCCUUGGGUCGCAACAGACUCUCCCACAGGCACCGCCGCAGGCAGCCUUCCCAGUGGCUGGGAAUCCCGAUCCAACAACAUUCAGCCGCCUGGUGGAGGAUCAGUGAGUGAGCGCUCCCGCGCACGCAGAAAUUCGUCCAUGGAGUCGAUCACUAAAACGAAAUUUUCAUCCACGCAGUCUACCUUCCUCUCUACGUCAGCGCCAUCGGUUUCUUCGUCGGUUGCCUUUUCCCCUUCUGGGCUUAGGAGCUCGUCGAAGAAUGUGACCCGGCAUGCAAGCAAGACGACUACAGAAAAGCAUCGGACCCGACGACCCACCGAUGUUGCGACAGCAACUGCGGAGAACCAAGCUCCCGCCACAACUAUGUCUUCUCAUGAUGCUCCGUCGGCCAAUUCUGGCGCCACUCUGUACCAUACUCCAGCGGCCCUUGGCACUUUUUGUGUGAUUUUUGGUGGUUUUGUUGUCGGCGGUGCCCUUUUCGGUGGUACCGUCAUGCCCCUUGUACUGUGA